AUGCCUGGUUUUCAAAGGAGUCGAGUGAUCGGUGUAUGCGAUGAGGAAUUGGAUGAAUUCAUAUGUGGUAUAUGUCUGGAGGUGUUUGUCGAUCCAGUGGUCACCCAAUGCUGUCAACAAUCCUAUUGUAGUGAAUGUAUCCAUAAUUGGCUCUCAGAUAACAAUACCUGUCCUAAUGAUCGCAAAGAGUUGAGUCGUGAAGGCAUAGGGCCGGCGCCCAGACUUGUCUACAACUUAUUGAACAAAAUGCAAGUUAAAUGCGAUUUCUAUGCCAUGGGCUGCGAAUCAGUGGUGAAAAUGUGUGAAUUGUCACAACAUAUCAUUUAUUGCGAUCACAACGCAAACCGAAAGUGUAAGUCAUGUGAACUGGACGUCGAUGGCAAUGGUGACCACAAAUGUAUUGAGAGUCUAUUGAUUAUGAAUAAAAACUUUUGUGAAGAAAUUAAAAUAUUGAAAGCUGAUAAGCAAAAUUUGUUACUGGUGGUUAACAUGGCUCGCGUUGACCUGGAUAAUUGUGAGGUCAAGUCACAGAGAAUGUCAGCGACUGAAGUGGACGUAUGUGUGGGGAGUGUCCAAAGAAGCCAUCAGGAGGUGUAA